CGCGAGAGUGCGCACGCGCGGGACCCGAGCUCUGUCGGUCGUCCGUCAGCUGGUGGUCGGGCGGACGGGGUCGGCGGCGGAGCCUCGGAGUGAAACAAAGCAACGAUGACUACUAACCAGAACCUGCACGCUGUGAAUGGUACUCCUGUAAACAUCAAUGGUCCCAACUCUUUGGAUACCUUUACCCCAGAGGAAACGCUGAAGCAAAUGGAAGAACUGAUUAAGGAAAACAAUGAGUUAAAAGAAGCCAUUAAACAAACAAAUCAUGCCAUGAAAGAACGUUAUGAAGAACUUGCAACUUGGCGUGAGAAACAGAGAGAAGAUCGGGAGUACAUCCAGCAAAAGUUUGAGGAGGCCAAAAACAGAUUAAUGGUCUUGACUGCAGAGAAUGAAGCCUUGAAGAAAGCGCAAGCACAGAAUGCAGGCAGUUCACAGGGAAUAUCCAAAGAUGACUUGCUUAAUGAAGGUAUGAGCUCUAAUCUGCUGGAACAAGAUGUUCAACAGCUUAAAGCACAAAUUCACAGAUUGCAGACAGAAAAAGCUGACUUGGUAGCCAUGAAUUCAGAACUCCUUGUGAAGAUGGGAGCUGCAUCAUCGGAAGAUUCAUUUGUUGAAAUUCGAAUGGUGGAAGCUAUGGAUGAUGCUGAAUUAAAAUCAAAGGAACUGGAGAGCAAGGAUUCAGGCAGUCCUCCAGUAUAUAACCCUAGUGUGCAGGUCAAAACUCACGACAAUAGUGAAAAAUGUCUGUCAGAGGAGCUAACAGUCAGACAACUACUUCAUAUGCUAAGGGACAAGACUCCUGAAAAAGAAAAAAGGAAUCAAAUGCCUCCAAACCAAUCUCCAAAUGAAGUUGAAGUAUUGAAGUCACAAGUGAUGUCCAUUAGUGAAAGACUUGCAGGAAGCUCAAAAAAACUAGAUGAAGCUGAAGACAUGAAGAAGACUCUUGAAGAAAGAUGUCUGGAAUUGGAACAAAAGCUAGCUAGCAAUGAGAUCGUUGUGGAGGAUAUGAUAGCAACGAGAAAACUUACCCAGAUGCAAGCUGCCUAUGAUAAUUUGUUUAAAGACUACAGCAGUUUUAUGAAGAUUAAUGAAGAAAUGAAAAUUAAAGAGAGUAAACAGAUGGAGACACUGAAUGGACUUAUUGCUGAUCUGGACAUAGCUAAACGAACAAUUGAAGAAAACCAGAAAACAAUUGAUCAGCUGACACAGACUGUUGCCCAGCAAGCUGAUGAGUUGAGUGUACAGAGUGCACGGAAUGCUGAUUUGGUUGACAUCUCUGCUCAGUUAGAAAAGGCUGAGAAAGCCUUGGUGGAAAAGCAGCAAAAGAUUGACACAAUGAAGCAGACUAUUAUAAAACAACAAGAAGAAGAAAUGGAAACGGUGGCUGUAUUCAAAGCACAGGCUGAAGUUUACAGUGCAGAUUUCCAUGCUGAGAGAGCAGCUCGAGAGGCAAUACAUGCAGAAAAGGAGUCCAUGGCUGAAAGGUUGGAAUUGCUAAUGAAAGAAAACACACAACUGAAGGAAGAACUUGACACACUUGGCAGGCAGUCUUUAGUGGAACUCCAGCGUCGCCAUGGAAGUUGUGGAUCAGUGGCUGAGGAUGAUGAAGCAUUACAGCAUCGAGGAGUGCGAGAACCCAGAAAUUCCGGUUGGGAGCACCAAGGUAUGCUGCAAGAACAUGCUUGUCCAAAGUGUGGUAGCGUCCUACCUGACAUCGAUACCUUACAGAUCCAUGUCAUGGAUUGCAUCAUAUAAGCACACUCAGGAUCAUUUACGAGACUGUUUUCGCUGUGCACACAUGACUUUUCCUUACUUGGCUGGUGGGCUGCAGGAAGAGAAGGUUGAGGAUUGAUUAAUCUUUUUAUUAAAUAUAUUUUCAAAUAAGUAAAUGUGAAAAUUAUUAUAUAAUGCUAUUUUAAUAUGUGCACAUUUUAUUUUAGGAACAAUAAGGAAACGUGCCAAUGGAAUGUAAUAUUGCUCACUGUACACCUGGAGAUUGCACAUUAACAAAACUGCAGGAAAAUGGUUUUAUAAUAGACCUAUAACUACUGAGAAAAAUAAACAUACUCUUAUUCAUUUCGUAAGUCUUUAGGGCUACAAGUAAAACAAGUAGGUUACAAAAGGAAGUUCAGAGCUUCAUUUUGUAAGGCUGAUUCUGAAUUGCACAUUGGGAAAUUGCACCAUCAUUGUGCAAAUAUAAAAGUGAUGGUUAAAACUGAGUAAAGAAAGACUAUACAGUGAAGUUAAAUCAGAUGACUAAUGACCUACUAUCAGUGGAUUGAUAAUUGCACUGGAUUAGAACAUUUGUGUAUGUGUGUCUGAGGUUUGUUGUUGCCCCUGGUAGAAAUUAAAUACACGUAAUUGUAGUCUUGAUUCCAGUUAACCAAUCCUGCAGCUGAAUUUUCUAGCAGAGCAAAUACAGUACUGGUAAAUUAUUAAAUGAGCAGAUUGAUGAACAAUAUUAUCAAAUGUGCAGAUAAAAGUUGCACACAAGGCAUUGGCUUGUCUUCAGGACUAUCAAUGAUUACCUUAAAGAUGUUGUACAGUUUUGAAGUAGGUGGAAAUGCAGAUGGUAACUUUAAGCAGUACAAUUGGCACUGCUGGACACCAAUAUGUUAUGGCAUCUCAGAAAGGGCUAAGGGCUGGGAGUUUGAACCAUGAAAGUUAUUAUUUCUCCCCACUACUUUAAAUGCAAGAAGACUUAAAUAUCUCCUGAGUGGCUACUUUCAGACUGAUAUUGGUGAAAAUCAGCAAAGGAGCUCUUCUAGUAGUGUAUCUAAUAGUAGAUAGCCACAAGAGUUUCUGAAAGUGUCUUUGACAAUUAUUAAUCUUUGUAGCAAGGGUUAUUAUUAAUUUUUUUUGUUGAAGUUGCUUAGCUUUAGCAACCUACCGGCUUCUGGAUAAAUCAGUUGUUGCCUUAAAUGCAUAAAAUUAAAGAAAUACAAGAUAAGAAAUGUUUCAUUUGGAGAAUAGCUGAUAGUUGGGGAAUAGAGCAUCUUAUAUGCUGAAUAAACACCUUAAAUAGGUAGGAGUGACUUUAAUCUGGAAAAAUACUUGUCAAAGGUCGAUCUAAGAAUUAAAAUACUGUUUUAGGUUUAACUGUAUGUUAAUAAAAAAAAAUGUGGGCAUGUAGAGGUUGUUUUCUCAAGAGCAUUGGAGGCUGAGGUUUGUUGAGUUGCCCCUGGUAGAAAUUAAAUACACGUAAUUAUAGUCUUGAUUCCAGUUAACCAAUCCUGCAGCUGAAUUUUCUCAUAGAGCAAAUACGGUACUGGUAAAACCUGAUAGAAGGAUAUAAAAUUGAGAGGCAUAGACAGGGUAGAUGUCUAUGGGUGGAAAUGUCAAAUACUAGAGGGCAUAGGUUUAGGGUGAGGGGGGAAAAGUUUAAAAGAGAUGUGCGAGGCAAGUUUUUUUUUACACAGUGGUAGGUGCCUGGUAGUGGAAGCAGAUAUGGUAGCAACAUUUGAGGCAUUUAGACACACGAAGAGGCAGGGAGGGAUGCGGACCAUGUGCAGGCAGAUGGAUUUAGUUUAGAUUGGCAUUGUGGCCAGUGUGGACAUUGUGUAUUGAAAGCCCUGUUCCUGUGCUGUUCAAACCAGCCUCCCCUCCAUGGACUCUAUACCUCUCGCUGCCUCGGUGAAGCAGCCAGCAUAAUCAAAGACCCCACCCACCUGGGUCAUUCUCUCUUCUCCCCUCUCCCAUCAGGCAGAACAUACAGGAGCCAGAGGGCACACACCACCAGGCUCCGGGACAGCUUCUAUCCCACUGUGAUAAGGCUAUUGAACAGUCUCCUUAUACGUUGAGAUGGACUCUUGAUCUCACAAUCUACCUUGUUAUGACCUUGCACCUUAUUGUCUACCUGCACUGCACUUCCCUGUAGCUGUGACACUUUGUAUUCUGUUAUUGUUUUACCCUGUACUACCUCAAUGCACUGUGUAAUAAAUUGAUCUGUAUGAAGAGUAUGCAAGACAAGUUUUUCACUGUACCUCAGUACAAGUGACAAUAAUAAACCAAUUUCAAUUACAUUAUUCCAUUCUUAUGGGGGUAGUAUAGAACAUUACAGCCACGGGAGCAGGCCCUUAGGUCCACAAUGUUGUGCCAAACUAAUUAAACCAGUAAUUAAACACCUAACUAGACUAAGAAACAAAAGACUGCAGAUCUGGAAUCUAGAUGAAAAACACUGAUGUUGGAGGAACUCAGCAAGCCAGGCAGCAUCUGUGGAGAAAAGCAUGGAUGCUGCCUGGCCUGCUGAGUUCCUCCAGCAUCAGUGUUUUUCACCUAACUAGUCCCUUCUGCCUAUACAAUGUCCAUAUCCCUCUAUUCAUGUGCCUAUCUAAGAGUCUCUUAAAUGUAUUUGUCCUAUCAGGUCCAUAUUGGUUCCAUUUCCCUUCUCUUUUUCCUAUAUGGAUGCAAUUUUUUCCCAAAAACCUAUCCAAUUUGCUUUGAAAAAUGUGGAUUAUUUCCACCGUGCUUGCAGGUAGAGAACUCCAUAUCAUCGCUGCUGUAUACUAAACGUAUUUCGCAUACCGGUCUCCCUUGCCCAUCACUUUGAACUUCUAAUCCUUGAAGGGAUCACAGAUGGGAAGAGCAACCAUUUAAUCUGCCAUAAUCUUGUACAUCUCUAUCGAAUCUCUUCUCAAUGGGCUUUGCUUUACCGUGUGUUAUUACUGUUGGAUUUUCUAGUCGUCAUUGUUUCCCAAGGCACCCAACACAGAUCGCACUGGAGUAUCCUUGUACUUACUCUGGUCAGCCUUGCAACUUGAAGAGACUAUGCAGAAGAGAGUGCAUUUAAGAAUAAAAUUGAACAUUAUUAUAAUUACAAAGUUCUAAAAUAGUACUUGACUGUAUCAUGGAAUGUUUUUAAAUAAAUGAGAAAAAAUAUA